AUGGAGAAAAAAGACAUGAAAAGGAAGCCAAAUUGGUCUAACGACGAGAUGGAGGCAUUGGCCCAAGCAGUGGCAAGUAAUAUCAAGGUUGUGAAGGGGAAGUUUACCCCUUCACUAACAAAUGACAUGAAGAACAAGUGUUGGUUGGAGAUAACCUCACGAGUAAAUGCUGCCAACAGCACUGAAACCAACAGAGAUGUUGGUGACGUAAAAAAGAAGUGGCAGGAUAUAAGCAGCCUCACUAAAAGAAAAGAGGCACAAAGGAUACGGGAGCGACAGGCUACUGGUGGUGGUCCAUCCAUGGAAGAUGACGCAAAGCCCUGGGACAAAUUUAUUAUUGGAACAUUUACAAGGAGUGCCUUGGAAGGGGUUGUCGGAGGUGUGGACACAGCUAUGCAACAGACCAAAAAAGCAUCGAGUCUUACAGCAUUGGAGAAAGAGGGUACAUCGGUAUUGGAGGCAAGUGAAGCUACAAGCCGGCUCUCUUUUAUACCAGAUAAGACAUGCACAAGCUUAAGUGCAACUACAGAGGAAGAAGCAGCAGUCAGCAGUUGCUCAGCUUUGGUCAUUAAAGGACGUGCCAGGUUUUUGGUGAAGUAA